AUGACUUCUGAUACUUCAGCGUUUGCCCACACGGUGCUUCCAACAGACGCACACCAUAUUCGGCUUCUGAAGUUCGAAGACACGGCAUCAACGGAGUCUAUCAGACUUAGCUUAGGAGUGUACAAAUGCUCAGGCGAACCGGUAUACAAUGCUCUCUCCUAUGAGUGGGGGGAUGGCAGGGCAGAUCGAACAAUAUUCAUCAACAAUCGUCCAUUCCUCAUCCGCGACAACUUACAUCGCUUUCUGAGGAUUCUGGCUGGCAGUGAGCAGCGCAGUACCCCGUUCUUCGCGGACGCGAUCUGCAUAAAUCAAGAAGACAUUCCUGAGCGCAAUUUCCAAGUGCAGCACAUGGGCGAUUUAUAUCGUCAGGCCCAGCAGGUUCUAGUCUGGCUGGGACCUGGAGCCGCUGGGUCUGAUCUCAUUUUCGACAUAUGUGCAGAGGCAAAGCAAGAAGAAAUAGACCUGCAGGGCUCCAGCGGAAAGGCGCUUGAUAUGCUGUACCAGCGUUCUUACUGGACAAGGCUUUGGAUUAUCCAAGAGCUAUUCCUUGCACGGGAUGCGGUCAUCUUCUGUGGUUCCAAAUCUGCGCCUUGGUCGUCGUUCAGAAGGCUAACAACUGCCGCCAAAGGAGAAUUUGUUCUCGGGGGGUUCACUGGAAUGGAUAUACAACUUGGCAGUUCGUCCAUGGGGUUGCAUACAAGGAAAUUGCUCAGCUAUUUAAACAGGAAAGAUAGAGAGGACAGCAUCUUUAACGAGACGAUAGACAAAAUCGUGGUCAAGUUUGGGAAAGCUCAAUGUCGAGAUGUCCGCGAUCGUGUGUAUGGCCUGCUUGGGCUCGCCAGAAUGCCAGAGGACAGUCGGGGCCUUAGGAUUAUGGCCGAUUAUUCCGCGACGACAGUCAAUCUGUUCGUCCGGCUGCUCAGUAACAUGCCAUACAUCCUUCCAUUGAAUGAUACUGCACUAAAUAUUUUUAAUAUCCUACAACUGCACCAUGUCCAUGACUGUGCAUGGGACGUCGGCAUUCCGGACACAAUCUGUGAUCUCGGUUUCGAAGUCGGGCUCACACAUCUUGGACACAUUCGACAUGCGAACUCUCAAUCAUCGGUAUGCGACUGGUGUAAAUCCCAGAGCAAGAUGCAGAAACAGAAACACCCCACCUUUGAACUGGGUGAGCACCUUCAACAAGAGUUACGUGGAAAGGCCAUUUCAGAGUUUGUGGUAGACGCGAUACAGUGUAGUCUGGCUGCCCAUAACUGCGGUCCCCUGUUGUCCUUGGGGCCUUAUGACAGCUGCCUGACGGCCACGAAGCUCAAUGAGGGAGACGAACUGUUUCUGAUGGAAGGAACCAAUAUCGUGCUGAUUGAACACAAACGAAACGCAGAAGACGAGUCUGAUCAACCUGUCAUGGGAUUCACGCGAGGGGUACUCGCAGACACAAAAGAUGAAGAAAGCAUCCUACAAGCAGCAAAACUGCUGGAAAGUUGCUUGCCAUCUUUGCCUGCUCCAAGAGAGGUCCGCUUAGAGAAGGCACGCUGGGAAAUCCCGAGGUACCCAUUCGAUCUGCGCAACAUAGCAACUAUUAUGAUCAGCCGCUAUACGGGUCUAAAAGGUGGAAGAUGUUUAAUCGAUGGAGGAUCACAGGUACACUGGUAG